AUGACCAGCCACACCCCGCACAACUCCUCCCCGUCCAUCUUCAGACCCUGGCAGUCGUACAUGGGCGCUGCCCACGCCCCGCCGCCCACCAGGAGCGAGGCUAUGGGCGGGCGUGUCAAGCGCCCCGCUCCGGACAAUGAAAACUCUCUGCCUGUCAAGUAUUUGAAGAGUGAGGGCGGCGAUGUGGGCGUAGUGAGGAUGGCCAACCCACUAAUGGCUCAUCUACGUGGGCUGGCGCCGCCGCCGCCGCCCAUGCCGCCGCCAAUGCCACACUGUCUGGCAACCUCCGGCGCUAUGGGCAUGAUGGCGGGAAUAAGCAGCAUGGCGGGGUUCGUGCCCCCGGUGACAGGAAUGGGCACAGUGCCCCUACUGGGGUCCCUGGCAGGGCUGGGGGGCAUGGGGCCCCUCGUGCCCCUCCUAGAUAUGCUAGUACCCGCGGCGGAAGUAGAGCGCGUGUGCGGGCGAGCGCGCGCAAGGCCUAAGAGAUUCGCGUGCAGCGAGUGUGGGUCAGCCUUCAGCAACAAGGGUCAGUUGAGGGGUCACGUGAGGAUCCACACAGGGGAGAGGCCGUACGCAUGCGCACACCAUGGCUGCCACAAGCGCUUCACCCGUAACGAGGAGCUGACCCGCCACCGACGCAUCCACAGCGGCGCCCGGCCCUUCCCCUGUCCCCUCUGUGACAAACGCUUCGGUCGAAAGGAUCACCUUAAAAAGCACAUCAGAACCCACCAACGGCACCCCCUCCUGCCCCCACACCCCCUCCUGCACCGUCUGCACCAGCUCCACCACCUGCCCUGA